GUUUUAUAUUAUGAAAUGUCUUUCCGAAAAAUACGCCAGUUAAACGGUGCGUUUGUGCAGAAAAGUAUAGUAAAAGCACGUUUCAACCCCUUUAGAAGUUUUGCGGUUUCUUGUUUAAAUGUGACAUCAAACGGUUCAACUUUUAAACGUGGUGAAAACGGUACAAUGGCAGGGUCGACACCCGUAUCAUCCGCAUAUCAGACUCACAGACCUGCUGAGGUUUCAAAGCUUGUUUCAGGACGGACUUACUGCUCCUCAGCAGCACCCAAGAUUGACUCCAAAACUCACAUGUGGUCAAGAUACACUGAGAUGAAAAGGCUUGUGCAGGAUGUAAUUCCCCCAGGUGUAUGCAGCAUUCUGAACCCCUCAACCAUCUAUGCCAACAAUGAGGUGGACCUGGAACUAGUGGACAUCUAUGGCUUUGAUUAUGACUACACCCUCGCUCUCUAUUCCAACUGCCUUGAUGCCAUGAUCUUCAAUACAGCUAAAGACUUUCUUGUCAAACAGUACAAGUAUCCCGAAGGCAUCAGAAAGUAUGACUAUAUUCCCAACUUUGCUGCACGCGGUCUGCAUUAUGACAUUCAGAAGGGCUUCUUGAUGAAAGUUGAUGCCUUUCAUUAUAUCGAGCUUGGGACUGUGUACAGAGGUUUAAAACCUGUUCCUGAUGAGGAAGUGUUAAAACUCUAUGGAGGAACUCACCAUCUACCUCUUCACGAAGUCAGUGACUUUUAUGGCAAGGGUCCUAAGAUUAAACAGUUCAUGGAUGUUUUCUCUAUCCCAGAGAUGACUCUACUUGCUGUUGCCAAUGACUACUUUAUCUCCAAUGACAUUGAAUAUGACCCAGUUCAUCUAUACAAAGAUGUGUCGGAUGCCAUUGGGAUGGUGCACAUCCAAGGUUACAUGUACAAGUGGGUAAUGCAGGACCUGGAGAAAUACAUCCUCAGAGGAGAGGAGACACUGGCAGUUUUACAAUGCUUGGCCAACAGUGGCAAAAAGCUCUUCCUCAUAACCAACAGCCCCUUUAACUUUGUUGACAAAGGGAUGAAGUACAUGAUUGGGAACAACUGGAGGGACUUCUUUGAUAUUGUAAUUGUUCAAGCUGACAAACCACAUUUCUUCAAUGACUGUGUCAAACCUUUUAGACUAUUAGAUAGCCAUGGGAACCUAAAGUGGGACAAGAUCAAAAGCUUGGAUAAGGGGAAGAUCUACAAACAGGGAAACUUGUUUGAGUUUCUAAGGCUCACAGGAUGGACAGGAUCAAAAGUGCUCUACUUCGGAGACCAUCUGUACAGUGACUUAGCAGAUCUAAUGCUGCGUCAUGGUUGGAGGACAGGGGCUAUUGUGCCAGAGCUUGAGGUGGAGACGAAGGUGGCUAACACACAACAGUUUGCCCAGAGCCUCACUUGGCUUCAGGCACUUACUGGUCUACUGGAGCGCAUGCAGAAACAUCGAGAUCCAGAGGCAAAAGAAGUUCGGAAAGAUUGGUUGAAGGAGAGGGAGGAGCUUCUAGCUGUGACAAAGAACUUGUUCAACCCCCAAUUUGGCAGCAUCUUUCGUACCUGUCACAACCCCACCUAUUUUUCCCGCCGCCUCUGCCGCUACUCGGACCUCUACAUGGCCUCCAUCAGCUGCCUAUUGAACUAUGACCUGUCCUACACAUUCUACCCUCGUCGUACCCCGCUGCAGCACGAGGCGCCCCUGUGGAUGGACCAACUGUGCACAGGCUGCAUGAAGACCCCCUUCCUUGAGGAGAUGUCACAAAUUCGUUGAUAUAGCGUUUCCCACAUCUCAUGCAUCUGUUAGAGAUUUACUGAAACAUAGAGUAUAAAGUUUAAUGCUUUUGGUUGGAAUGAUUAUACUGUAGUUCUCAAACUUGUUGUGACGGGAUGGGUUGCAUAGGGUACCUUGUGUAAAUAUGCGUAAACGAUGGAGGAAAUGUUUGACAGCAUAGGCCCUUUGCAUAUUUACUAUUAUUUCUAUUUCCGAUUAGACAUUCUUUUUUUUUACCAUUUGGAAUUAAUGGAAAUAUUUUACUGCUGGAUUU